AUGGCCGAGGGGGAGAUCACCACCUUCAGCGCCCUGACGGAGAAGUUCAACCUGCCCCCGGGGAACUACAAGAAGCCCAAACUGCUGUACUGCAGCAACGGGGGGCAUUUCCUGCGCAUCCUCCCGGACGGCACCGUGGAUGGCACCAGGGACCGCAGCGACCAGCACAUUCAGCUCCAGCUGAGUGCAGAGAGCGUGGGGGUGGUGCACAUCCAGAGCACCCAGUCGGGGCAGUACCUGGCCAUGGACACCAACGGGCUGCUCUACGGCUCGCAGUUACUGGGUGAGGAGUGUCUGUUCCUGGAAAGGCUGGAGGAGAACCAUUACAACACCUACGUCUCCAAAAUGCACGCGGACAAGAACUGGUUUGUGGGGCUGAAGAAGAACGGGAACAGCAAGCUGGGCCCGCGGACUCACUACGGCCAGAAGGCGAUCCUGUUCCUGCCGCUGCCCGUGGCGGCCGACUGAGCUGGCCCCAAAGCCCAGCCAUGGCCCCAAACCCCAAACCCAAACCCCAAAACCAGCUGCUGCUGCUGCUGCUGCCUCCUUAGAGCUCAGCAGAGCUCCCAGCUUUAGGUCAAGGCUUUGACAAAUCCAGCCAGAGCAGAGCCCCCUUGCUCUGCACCAAGCUUGGCAGAGACGAGGGGACAAGCCCUGACACCGUCCCGAGGUCCACGGGGCCCCAUUGCCCUGUCCUCUGCCCUGUGCCCACGUGUGCCAUGACCCUCAGCUGUGUGUGCCAUGACCCUCAGCUGUGUGCCCACGUGUGCCAUGACCCUCAGCUGUGUGUGCCAUGACCCUCAGCUGUGUGCCCACGUGUGCCAUGACCCUCAGCUGUGUGUGCCAUGACCUCAGCUGUGUGCCCACGUGUGCCAUGACCCUCAGCUGUGUGUGCCCACGUGUGCCAUGACCCUCAGCUGCCACUCCCGGGACCUACCCUGGGCAGGCACCCAGAAAUGUGCCCGAGGGCCCCGCCGGCUCCCAGAGAAGGGCCGACUUUGUGUCCCCAGGCAUUCUAAGGCAAAGCUUCCCUGGAUAAUAUAUUUCCCUGCGUUAAUAUAUUUAUCCCUCCAGGUGUGCAGCUUCUGACGUGCCCUUGAGCAGCUCCAGAUUGCACUGCCAGUCCCGUUACCCAUCCAGGGCAGCCUGGUGUGUGCCAGCUGGGCAAGUUAAGCUGCACUGGGCAAAGCUCCAGCCUCAGACCUUAUCUCCCUCACAACACCAGUAGUGUGUAUUUCAUGCUAGCACCUGCCGUAUGUUGUUUGUAUUUAUUUAUUAAGUAAAUAUGUCUCUUCUA